AACGAAUCCAAUGAGCACGUGGAAGGAACGAAGUACGAGCGGAAGGACGUCUGUACUGUGAGCAUCGCAGUACCCGGGUCCAUUCUCGAUAACGCACAGUCUUCGGAGCUGCGAACGUACCUGGCGGGACAGAUCGCACGCGCGGCGUGUAUCUACAAAGUGGACGAGAUCAUAGUAUUCGAUGACAAGGGUGACGUUACGGAGAGUGAGAAAAAAAAGAUUAGGAAGGAUGAUGCACUGGGCGAAGGUAGGCCUGGAUGCCUACAGUUGGCCAGGAUACUGCAGUAUUUGGAAUGCCCGCAGUACCUGAGAAAGUAUUUCUUUCCGAUUCAUAAGGACUUGCAGUACGCGGGUGUGCUGAAUCCCUUGGACGCGCCGCAUCAUCUGAGACAAUCA